AUGGGGACCAUGAGCUUCUUCUCCAGCUUCCUCCAGAAGGCCACCUUCCAUCUCCACCGGAGCCGGAAAUACCAGCCGGUGGGUGACAGCGAGCCUGAAGAAGAGCCCGAAGACGACUCGGGAGUGCAGCUGGUUGAACAAGAGAAAGACGUCUCCGCCAUAUCUCCCAGAGAGGCUUGCAAAAGCAGUACAGAGGAGCUGGCCAAAACAUUGCAGGUGGAUUUACAAAAGGGACUUUCUGAAGACUCAGUCCUGCAGCGCAGGGUCAAACAUGGCUGGAACGAAUUUGUCGUUGAUCAUACGGAACCGGUGUGGAAGAAAUAUCUUGACCAGUUUAAGAACCCGCUGAUCCUUUUGCUGCUGGCUUCCGCUUUGGUCAGCGUGAUUACGAAAGAGUAUGAAGACGCCGUGAGCAUCGCAAUGGCCGUCAUCAUUGUGGUCACAGUGGCCUUCAUUCAGGAGUACCGUUCUGAAAAAUCUCUGGAGGAGCUAAACAAACUGGUCCCCCCCGAGUGCAACUGCCUGAGGGAAGGGAAGCUGCAGCACCUUCUUGCCCGAGAGCUUGUGCCUGGAGACAUUGUGUGCCUCUCCAUGGGAGACAGGGUUCCCGCGGACCUGAGGCUCACCGAGGUUACGGACCUCCUGGUGGAUGAGUCCAGCUUCACAGGGGAAGCGGAACCCUGCAGUAAGAAGACUGGCAUCUUAGCAGAACCCGGGGAUUUUAUGACCCUCAGCAAUGUCGCAUUCAUGGGAACGCUUGUGCGAUACGGCAAGGGGAAAGGCAUCGUCAUUGGAACAGGCAAAAGCUCACAGUUUGGGGAAGUGUUCAAAAUGAUGCAAGCAGAAGAGACCCCCAAGACCCCGCUGCAGAAAAGCAUGGAUAAAUUGGGAAGGCAGCUGACUCUUGUUUCCUUCAUCAUCAUUGGUUUACUCAUGCUGAUUGGUUGGCUGCAAGGAAAGCAUCUUCUUGGCAUGUUCACCAUUGGAGUGAGCUUGGCAGUGGCAGCCAUCCCCGAGGGCCUCCCCAUUGUGGUCACCGUGACACUGGUCCUGGGCGUCUUGAGAAUGGCCAAGAAACGCGUCAUCGUGAAGAAGCUGCCCAUCGUAGAAACUCUAGGCUGCUGUAACGUCAUCUGUUCCGACAAGACGGGGACCCUGACCGCCAAUGAGAUGACAGUCACUCAGCUCGUAACCUCAGAUGGAUUCAAGGCAGAGGUGAGCGGGGUGGGAUACAGUGGGGAAGGAAAUGUCUGCCUCCUGCCAUCCAAAGAAGUCAUCAAAGAAUUUUCUAACAUCUCCGUGGGAAAACUAGUGGAGGCUGGCUGUGUGGCCAAUAAUGCAGUUAUCCAAAAGACAACCGUGAUGGGGCAGCCGACGGAAGGAGCCCUGAUAGCCCUGGCAAUGAAGAUGGAAUUGAGAGAGAGAAAAGAUAUUUAUAUCAGAAAGAAGGAGAUUCCAUUUAGCUCCGAGCAGAAGUGGAUGGCUGUCAGAUGUGCUCUGAAAAAUCAGGGCCCAGAAGAAAUCUAUUUCAUGAAAGGGGCGUUUGAAGAAGUGAUGGAGCAUUGCACUAUGUUCAACAGCGGCGGCCUUGCCCUCCCGCUGACACCGCAACAGAGAGCAGUCUAUGCUCAGGAGGAGAAGCGCAUGGGAUCGCUCGGCCUGCGGGUGCUCGCGUUGGCCUCUGGACUAGAACUUGGCAGCCUCACCUUUUUGGGUCUGGUCGGAAUAAUUGACCCCCCGAGGCAUGGAGUGAAGGACGCGGUCCGAGUCCUCAUUGAGUCAGGGGUAUCUGUGAAAAUGAUAACCGGAGAUGCUCUGGAAACAGCCUCGGCCAUCGGACAGAGUAUUGGUCUCUGCAAUGGGAGAAUGAACACUAUGUCUGGAGAAGAGCUGGAGAACAUCGCGGACUCGGCAUUAUCGUCCACCGUGAAAAACGUUUCCAUCUUCUACCGUACCAGUCCAAAACACAAACUUAAAAUCAUAAAGGCGUUGCAGCAGGCUGGGGCCAUUGUGGGCAUGACCGGGGACGGGGUGAACGACGCGGUGGCGCUGAAAUCGGCCGAUAUCGGGGUUGCGAUGGGACAGGCCGGCACCGACGUGAGCAAGGAGGCUGCGAACAUGAUCCUCGUGGACGACGACUUCUCGACCAUCAUGAACGCCAUCGAGGAGGGGAAAGGAAUAUUUUACAACAUUAAAAAUUUUGUUCGAUUUCAGCUCAGCACGAGCAUCUCCGCCCUAAGUCUCAUCACGCUGUCGACGGUCUUCAAUCUGCCGAAUCCACUCAAUGCCAUGCAGAUUUUAUGGAUUAAUAUUAUCAUGGACGGGCCCCCAGCUCAAAGUUUGGGUGUUGAACCAGUGGACAAAGAUGCCAUCAGGCAGCCUCCGAGAAAGGUCACAGACACAAUCCUCAGCAGGUCACUGGUCCUGAAGAUCUUCUUGUCGGCCGCUAUAAUCAUCAGUGGAACCAUUUUUGUCUUUUGGAAAGAGAUUCCAGAAAGCGGCAUAACGCCACGCACGACAACCAUGACUUUCACUUGCUUUGUGUUCUUUGACCUCUUCAACGCCCUGACGUGUCGCUCCCAGACAAAACUGAUCCUGGAAAUUGGCCUUUUCCGAAACCGCAUGUUCUUAUAUUCCGUCCUGGGGUCUAUUUUGGGUCAGAUGGCUGUCAUUUACAUUCCCCCAUUACAGAAGGUCUUCCAGACGGAGAAUUUAGGGGCACUAGAUUUGUUGUUUCUUGCUGCUUUGGCUUCCUCUGUUUUUAUCAUCUCCGAACUGGUCAAAGCGUGCGAGAAAUGUGGCUCCUGCCGAUCACAGACAGACCUUGUGCCGCUGGAAGCCGUGUGA